AUGGAACCAUCUGUGUCAUUGUUAGGGGAGGGGAUUCGAAAAGUCACUCCGACGGGCGUCGCCUGUAAGGUAGGCUGCGGGGCCAAGUGCAAGCACGAGCAGCGAAACUUCGCCUUUUCAACUUCCGUAGUGCCUAGACUGAGCUCAAGCUGGAUUUGGCCAUCGAAGCUCCUUGCGAUCGCGCGUCCGGCCGAGGACUUCUUCCCUGACAACGUGAAAUACUUCAAAAGCGCGGGAAUCCGCUCGAUAGUGAAUUUGCAAGAGCCAGGUGAGCACGAGCACUGUGGAACCUUGCUUGCGCAGUCCGGCUUCACGUAUUCGCCCGAGCGCCUCAUGGCCGAGAAGAUCAGCUUCUACAGCUACCCGACAAAAGACUACGGAGUUUACUCCGUCGACCAGAUGUUCGAUAUUUGCAAAGUGAUUUCGUUCGCAAUCAGCGAGGGCGCCUGCGCCGUCCACUGCCACGCUGGACUUGGCCGCACCGGAGUCGUUUGCGCGGCCUGGCUCAUUUUUGAUAUGGGCUUCACGGACGUGGAAGCUUUCACGCACGUGCGAGCAACGCGACCGGGCUCGAUUCAAAGCCGACCCCAGAUCGCCAGCGUUUCGAACUUCUUCCAAGUUCUGAAACAACUCCGGACGUGGCCCCUGAAAUCACUUUCCGUGGAUGAGUUAUAUUUGCGUGGCAUGAAGGCGUACAACAAGCAUGAAUUUGGGAAGAAUCCUCUUGUUCAUCCCUUUAUUCUCGUGCUUCGGAAGUAUCUUAGUCUGGAACUUAUUGAAGAAGAGCUCCCGCGAACCAUGUCAAAGUGGAUUCACCUCGAAAGGGUCAAAGAAGGGGCUUGGAACUCUAUCCGAUAUCUGUCGAAAGCGCAGCUAGACCAACUCUUACGGGAGUGGCUAUCAGACUUGAAAGAGCCGCUCCUUCCUGAAUUAAAGGACGCGAAAACAGACAAACUAUCAGACGUUCAGUUAAACACAGCGAAAAUGGUGUAUUCAAUUCUUGAAGACCUCAACAUGAGCCAAGAUGACAUUUGCGUUCUGUUAACGCGCGAUCGCGCUGCUUCCAACAACCGACUUUGCCUUAUUUCUUCAAAUGCUUCCUAA